AAACAAAUACUCUUUCGAGUCAAAAUCGGGAAAAUCUUGUGCUGUGCGUGUGCCGUGUGAAAAUAGAGCGGCGGAGUCUCUUGUGUCUAGUGUCUUCUGCGAAAGCACUAUGUAUUAAAUCCAACAAGCGUCGCUUUAGUGGUUUUUUUGUGUCAACGAGUUAUUCCUCGAAGGAUUAGAAAAAUUAGGCUUCCAGUCGCCGUAUGGCCCCACGAUGGACAACGGAAUGGCGUACGGCGGAGGAAGUUUCGGGCCGACUGCGGGAGGGCCAGGCGGUGGGCCAGGGGGAGGCGGAGGUGGCGGUGGAGGCGGCGGUGGCGGAGGUGGUGGUGGUGGUGGUGGUGGGAACGGGGGCGGCGGGGGCAGCGGUGGCGGCGGAGGCGUCGAGGGCGCCGCUUACUCCCCGGACUCCCCUUACUUCCCGUUCGGGGGUCGAGGGGUACCGCCUUCCGUCGGGACACCCACCCCUACCGCCGCCAACCCCGCGGCACCCACCGGCACCAAUGGAGCACGGUUACCAAAUUCGACAGCCGGUCAGUUCUCUUCUCAUCUAUCAUCUCCGUGCGCGGGAACCGUGAAGAGGAAGAAGGACCAGGCCCUUGACGGAACGGAUGGCGAGGUCGUAACAACGCAGCAUUGGGUGAGUGACUCGAAAAAGAUUCGAUAAACGCAUGCCAGUCGAUAGUGAAUGUGUUUCCCUUACCCUUACACAUCGGGAUUCGAUAAUGGCUUCGAAUGUAUAUGGGAUAGUAGUAUCCAUGUAUGAGUUGAGCGGCGCGAUUGAUAAAAGCCACCGACGGGAAAACGGAUAGAAUUAGGUUAGCUCGUAAAUUACUUCUUCUUCUUCUUCUUCUUUUUUCUUUUCUCUUUUUCUUUCUUUCUUUCUUUCUUUAUCUUUCCCUCUCUUUCUCCUGGCAGUUUCUCGAGGCGAAACUCGUGAAAGACGCCACGACGUGGAUGAUCUCAGGGACCGCUCGUGAUCGUAAUCUUUACGAGCUCGGUUAUGGAGUAUAUAAUGAUUUUACCAAGAGUCCAGCCCGAGUUAUCCAACUCCGAGUCUGUUCCUCGUGAACUCUAAUCCACGAUUGGUCAUUCUCUCGUUUUCUUUUUUUCGUUCUUUAAAACUAUCCAUCCAGAAAUAACCGUUCUCCGCUUUUCCAACCGAUUAUUUAUCUCGCUCGACGACAUUAGUCGUCUAAUUUCUACCGUUA